AUGAACUCAACUCAGCUGCUCGUAUUCACCGUCAUGAUCAGUCAGCUCGGAGUUCUGAGUGUUCUGACGGUCUUUUCAGGUCCAGUUCUGGUUCAGAAGCAGGUUUGUGGAUUUUUCCUCCAUUAAUAAUCCAAACAUCAUCAUUUCACAGAGUAUUAAAGGGAUAUUCUGUCAUAAAACUCAUUUAGGGUCAAACACACCGUAACACUCAGCGUAAGAGACGUGGGGACAACGGCGGGCUUCAUUCGAGGAGAGAGACGAUUCUGAGCGAAUCAGAGAUUUGAGCCUCAGAGUCCAGACUGAACAGCAGGAGGACUGAGCUUCAGAUAAAACCCUCUAACUGCUUCCUGAGCCAAGAGCCGGUCUGUUGUGUGUUCAGGAAGAGGUCCAGUUCUUAACGAGGGGAAGAGGACACAGCUCUCAUCUUUUUUUCAUGGCGUCUCCGGACUCUUCAGGGUGAUAAACAAGAACUGUGUGGAGGAGGCCUUCAGCCGAGAGCAGGCCUAAAUCAGGAACUGUUGCACGGCAGAUAAUAUGAGCUGGAGGAGGAGGAGGAGGAGGAGGAGGAGGAGGAGAGGGGAGCUUCUGCAGAGGUAAAAAUCUGCUCCAUGAGGAGAGAGAGUCACUGCUGCGGCGGACGUCCAGAGAGGUCCCUUCAUUAGCCUCCGUGUCCCUGUUCUCUCUUCACGCCUCUCUCGGUGUCCUGCUCGCCCUCCGCAGAGCGAUGGGGAGGGCUCUCUGAAUAGCAAUAACGGCGGCCAGCAUCAAUCCAUCUUCUACUUCAUUAAGGCGGCGGCGGCGUUAUUGCUGAGCCGUAAUGAUUCCACAGAUCGGCCUCCCAUCGGCUCUCUGCUUUCUUCGGCGUUCGGAGAUGUCAUAAAAGAGAACACAUGA